UGCUUCUGACUUCACAUAUAAGAGGUAGGUGUGUGUUAGUCUUCUACCCCCAUUUCCCAUAGAAAAAGGAAGAAUCUUUACCCCUAUUUUCAGAAUUUUUAUAUGUGAAGCAGUAAUUUCUCUAAGCUUAAUCAUUUUGAAGAAUUAUAUAAAUAUGUAUAAUAAUAAUGGUGAAGAUGUUUCUGUACAAUCGGUUACUUUUAGCUUUUUUUUUCUCUGCUACAAUUAAAUAAGUGCUUUAAACUGCAAAAGUUCCAUCCUUUCUCUUUCUCAUCUCUACAGAAGCUCUUCCAUGGAGUUUGGGGCACACUGCUACACUAUUUAACGCUCUGCUCUAUUGGUUUCCUCUCAACAUCAUUACCGGAGUACCACUGUUCUACUAUCCCCUGCCCAAAAACAGUGUUCCGAAAUGGGGCUUGGAGAACAACAAGUUUUGGGGUUAUUGAAUUUAACGGAGGUGUGUUUUUGUUGUGGGUUGUGGGUUGUGUCUAGAACUAGUGAUUAUUCUUUAAUGCGGCCUAAUAUGUAGCUUUUAUUUCAUGCUGAGGUUUCUGAGUGGUGUAAAUCUUUCACCUUCAUUAUAAGAACUAACGCUACUUUGGUUCAUAGUUUGAAUCGGGUGUUUCUUAAAUUCUUGAAACUUUUUAUUCUGUUGCUUGUAAUGGAGCCUUGGAGCUAUGUGUCAACAGAGAAGGGGUUGGUAUCUGAGGAAACACUUCCACCUUUUAAUUCCCUUGCUAGGAGUAAAAAUGUUCUUUUGGGUUGGGAAUUCAAGACCCCAUGCACUUAUGGUAACAAUAUGUUAGUGUCAAGCCAACAAGGUAUUGGGAAUCAAGGUUUUGGAGAGUACAUACAAAUGAUGGGGAAACAGGUAUCCAAUCAUUCAAUUGGUGAUGUUCUAAGUGAUCCUAAGGAUUGUGGUGGAAAACUUAAUGAUCCAACGAUGACAGUUGCAUUUUCUGGAGAAGAUGAAUCCAGUUCAAGGAUUUCGAGCUCUAUUUUGGACUCCGGUAGUUGGGAUUCUUCACUCAUUGAUUUGAAACUGGGACAUGUUGGUGAUCGUGGAGACACCAGUAAAUCAAAACUUUCUAUAGGAGCUCCGGCCGGUUUGUCUUCAUCAGAGUCAUCUACACAUCCAAAGAGAUUACGGCUCUCAGCAGUCAACUCCCAGAAUGGCUUCUGCCAAGUAUAUGGCUGCAACAAAAACCUUAGCUCUUCCAAAGACUACCAUAAGAGGCAUAAAGUUUGUGAGCUUCAUUCCAAAACUGCUAAAGUAAUUGUGAAUGGUAUAGAACAGAGGUUUUGUCAGCAAUGUAGCAGGUUCCAUUUGCUGGCUGAAUUUGAUGAUGGUAAGCGCAGCUGUCGUAAACGCCUUGCAGGACAUAAUGAGCGUCGGAGGAAGCCUCAAGUGAGUAUUCACUCUGGUAGAGCUGGGAGGAUGCUUCAGUCAUACAAUGAUAGCAGACUUCAGGGGACUGCCUCUUUUAUAUGCCAGGACAUACUGCCGAGUGGCUUUUACAAUCCUGAGAAAUACGGAACAAUUGACUGGACUCAGCGUAUAAAAGUUGAAGAUGGGUCUAAUUUGAGGCUUCUUUCAACUAAUCCAGUACCAUCUACAAAUGGGCAUCUCCGCUCAAAAUUGCUCUUUCCUCAUGAUGCUGGGAAGCAAUUCCCUUCUUUUCAUGCGAGUGGAGCCAAUGCUGUGACAGCAAAUGUUUUCACCAAGAACAACAGCAUUCAAUAUUCACAUUACAUGGGAGGUCCAGACUCCAGUUCUCGUCCUUUCUUCCACAACACCAUCUUAGGAUGUGGAGACUUCAAUACUUUCAAUACAGCUACAACCAUUCAGGGGUUCUCAGGAACUUCAGACUCUGGUUGUGCUCUCUCUCUUCUGUCAUCUCAACCUCAUAGCUCCUCAAGCCACUUGUCUGGAAGUUCCAUGGUUCGUCCUCUGGUCAAGCCCGAGAGCCAUGCAUGCUAUAAUGUGGGUCAAGUCUCCAAAAAGCUUGUUGGAGCAUCAUCAAGUUGUGUCUCAAAUAAGCUCCCAUCUUUGGGAAUGAAUUCUGUGAGUGGGAGUUACCCGAAUCCCAUUAUGAUGUCCAAUGGUGGAGACAAUGUCAACUUUGAAAUCACAGAUGGGAUGUUCCAAGGAUCUGAUUUUCUGAAUUCCAAGGAUCGUAUUUCCUGUGAAGACAGCCCCACCAUCAACUUGCUUCAGUUAUCUUCACAGCUCCGGCGAGUGGACGAUCAAAGGCAAUCUAUGCAGAUGAAGCCGGAAGAUGAUGCAUUUUGGGGCCUUCGAAUUACAUAAUGUGCUCUCAAACAAGUUUCGAAAUGUUCUAAUCCAACCUCCUCAAGUGACAAGGACGGUGAUGGCCGCACUUAGAGGAAAAGCCUCAAAAAAAAUAAAAUUCAAAAGUCUUAUUUCUCCAUCUAAGUCUAACCAGCAGCUAACAACUUCAAUUUUAAUGAAUUAGACUACAGUUUGAUUUGUUGGUACAGCUGGUCUCUUACUACUAGAACUCACUAAUUUAUUUAAAAAUAGUAAUUGUGUUUACAUGAUUAUGACUUGAAGUUAAACCUGUGAUCUACUUUGGUUCUGUUAUUCUGCAGAAACCUAUCAUGUUCGAAAUUCUUAAUCAAUAAUUUGUUUUGCGUAAUAAUCAGAAACCA